UCAAAUUAUAUCAUUUAACAAAAAAAAGAGAAAAGAAAACCAUAAUCAGGUCAUCAUCACUAGCUUGCAGAUCAAUGGCAGCUUCAUCAUGGUCGUCAAUUGGUUUCCCGGGCCCUAAUUCUUCUGCAGGUUUCUUGUCAAGAAGAAACCCUAGUUCUAGAUCGCAGACAACCUCAAACAACAUUAUCAUCAUCGCCAAAGGCUUGAAAAUUCUCACACUACUUUUGUCUCAUAUAUAUACCAUAUAUUUGAAUUGUGUGAUUUAUAUCGACUAGUACAUCGCCCGUGCGAUGCACGGAUAAAAAACUUAUCCUAAUUGAUAAAAAAUAUAUAAAAUGUUAAAAAUCAAGAUUAUUACUGUAUAUAAAUAGUAGAUAUGUGUGAUUUCCAUUUGUAUAUCUUAUUAUUAAAUGAAUUUUAUUAGACACAAAAAAUAAAAGGGUGAGUUUUAGGGUUUACUGUAUAAAAUACACAAUAUGAGAAUGAAGAACAAUCAACUUUGUUUAUUAACAUGAAUCAUACCAUUAGUAACGUCGCUCAAUGGAUUUAUCGAAUCACAUGAUAUCCGUCUAUGCAAUAACCUUGAUUGAUAGAUACUUUGGAAAGUCAACAAUGAGAUAUUAUGAUCUCCACAUUACCGGUAUAAAUACUACAGAGUAUU